AUUGCACAUAACGACACCCAAUUAAUCCCUAAACCUACAAUACCUGUUUUAUCAUAAAAAUUGGAUUGAAAGUUUUUGGGCGAAUCAAAUUUAUCUUGAGAAAUUGUUUAAGCCAAAAACUAAGACCAAACACAAAAAAAAAAAAAAAUAUAUAUAUAUAUAUAUAUAUAUAUAUAGAAAAAUUCACAACGUUAAGGAGCAUGUGGUUAUUUAGCAAAACAUUUGGGGGACAGAGAAAGAUAAUGAAACCUGCAAUUUCCAAGAAGCUUCCCGCGAUAUCCUGAGAGUACAAACUACCAACUGAAAUGAUUUCAUUCAGCAUGUCACCCAAAUAUACUAUCAUUAUCAAUAAACUCUCUCCAUAUUGUUACGUAAUAUAUCUAGCUAAACAUACAUAUAUAUCUCAAUUCUCAAUAUAUAUCAAUCAUCAUACAAAAAUUGAGAUUUUCUUAAACCUGGGGCUAGAAUCUUGAAUUGAGAUUCUUUUAGAAAUGAGAUUUCCACCAAGACUAGCCGAAGCACAUACAAAUUCGAAAAUCCUUUCAAAAACAUCAGAUAAAAUUGAAACGAUACAAAGAAAAUUAGAGCAUUCAAUGCAAAAGUGCGGAGCCAGCAUAGAUGUUCAGGCUGGAAAUGUGAAGAUAUUUAGUCAAGAGAAGCAAAAGAAGCUAAAGAAGUUGUUGAUGAAUGUGAAUAUACAGAACAGUUUGGGGCCGUUACAUGUCGUGAUGUCGUCGGAGAACACUGUCGGGGACUUUAUAAAGGCUGUGAUUGAGAUUUACUUGAAGGAGAAACGGCGGCCAUUGUUACCUAGUAGUGAUGCUCGGUGUUACGAGCUUCAUUAUUCCCAGUUUAGUUUGGACACCGAGGGUCGUCCGGAAACAGCCUCCCUACCUAAGGUAGGGGUAAGGUCUGCGUACACUCUACCCUCCCCAGACCCCAAGUUGUGGGAUUCACUGGGCUUGAAGCCAGAAGAGAAGUUGCUGAAUUUGGAGUCUCGAAGUUUCUUUCUAUGUCCAAAACCAAAUUCAUCUUUCAUGGACAAAGCAAAGGCCACUGCAAAGCUUCCAGUCAUUUUGGCAAAGUUCAUGGAUCUCUUCAUACAAAUUGUCAUAAACCUAAGUAGUUUUUGGCCAAAAUGUCACCCUCACUGGCUUUAAGCAUUAUUUGAACAAACCAUGAUCGCAACCAAUAAUAUUUUCCACACCAUGUGCAUUUGACACUAUAUAUAUUGUUCUCUUUA